AUGGCUCAACCAUGUACAUCAGCUUCCGUAAGCCACGAGCUUCGAGCCAAUCGGUUCGGUGCUAGAAGGAGAUUGUUGGAGCUUGAAGAAGAAGGCGAGCCACUGUUGUUGAAGAAGAAAAAGCUCCGACAAAACAAUGGCAGAAAAGAAACUGACCGACAGUGCUGCUCAAUCUUCAAAAACUCAAAAGAAGUCAAUCCAAGGGAAAAAACCGGCAACCCAGAUUCAGAAACAACAGAAGAAGCACCCAGUUGGCUCGACGAGGAAGAUGAUUCUGAUUUAGUAUCGGAGUUUCGAGAUCUCCCGACCAAGUUCCAGGAAACCCUGAUCCCGGACCUUGAGAUGAUCUCGAGAACCUCAAAAGUUUACAUCACCAAAUACAACAAAGAGUUCACCAAACAGUUCAAACCAUAUGUCGGCAACAAACACGCCCCCACCAUCGCCACUGUAAUCUCUUGUGCUUUCCUUUUAAUCCCUUUACUGUUAGUUUCCCUCAUUUUUAACCGCAUCAAAGCCUACUUUUCACUCCAAAAGAUGCUCAUUUAUAUACAAAGUUACCUGUCGAUUUACUUCUCAAUCCUCUGCAUCACUUCCCUCGUCACUGGGCUCGAGCCAUUGAAGUUUUUCUACGCUACUUCGCCGUCCACCUACGUGUGUUUACAGGUUCUUCAAACACUGGGAUACGUGCUCUACUUGCUGCUGCUGCUGAUGUAUCUGAUUCUUGUUUUCUCAACUGAGUCGGGUCUCGGAUCCAAGAUGUUGGGUUUGGGUCAAAUUGUCGUGGGUUUCGCUGUCGGUUUACAUUACUACGUGGAGGUGUUUCAUAGGGUGAUUUUGCAGCAACCCCCGAAAACGAAUUGGAAGGUCCAUGGGAUGUACGCCACGUGUUUCCUUGCGAUUUGUCUGCUUGCUACAGCUGAUAAGAGAAAGAAGGCUUACUUGGAAGGUGGUGGUGGAGAGGAAAGAAAAAUUUUACUAUUUUUUUUAGUACAUUAUUAUUAGUAUUAUUAUCAUCAUCAUUUUAGCCGGUCCAAAAAUGUCAUAAUCUCAUUUCUCAAUCACUUACAAUUUGUAGCAAUAAUAAA